AUGACGAGAAGAAUCGUCCGUACAAGCCUUCAGCUUGGAAGUGUCCUUUUCAUCGUUCUCUGCGUCCUGCUUCUCCUAGACAACAAAAUCAGGCUCUUGCCGAGUGCGAUCCAUAACCGACUACCGGCCCAUCAUCCUGGCUUAGUUGUUACCGAUGUCGCAAUCACGACCUGCUCAUCGCUAAAUAUAUUCGGUAGCUGCAAGCUGGACGAAACGAAAUGGCAUCGCAUAGAGAAGGAUCUCUAUCUUGGUAGUGGAUUGCUCUCGAAAGCAUAUCUCCAUAUUGAGCGCAAAAAGGAAGAAGAUCUAGAAGCGAACGACGCCGUCGUUAUUGAUCUGAAGAUCAGUCGCCUCAAACCUGCCAAUGCUCAAGAAGCGCAAGGGAAGGAGAGCUGGGAGUCAAGACGAGGAGGCGUCUGGAUUAAGAGGUCUACAAAACGGCAUGGUAGCGACUCCAGCAAGACGAUCACUGGUGUGGAUGUGUUGUUCGGAUCUGAUGCGGUGGAUCCCCGGCCAGGGUGGCAGGUCCAGGAAAUUGCCCUGCUGCUCGACACCCGUGCAGACGGACGAGAAGCACGUCUGACAGUACGACGGGGUCCUGCCGCCAAAAUCGACAAACCCACCCCUCGCAUCAAUCAGAAUGGGAAAUUCAAGAUUAUGCAGAUCGCCGACCUCCAUCUGAGUACUGGAUUGGGAAAAUGCAGAGAUGCAUUACCGGUUGAUCACAACGGAGGGAAAUGCGAUGCUGAUCCGCGCACAUUGGAAUUCGUAGAGAAAAUGCUUGACGAAGAAAAGCCAGAUUUCUGCGUUCUGAGCGGUGACCAAGUCAACGGCGAGACUGCGCCAGAUUCUCAAUCUGCCAUUUUCAAAAUUGCUGAAAUCCUCAAGCGACGAAAAAUACCCUAUGCUGCGAUUUUCGGAAACCAUGACGACGAAGGCGACCUUGACCGAGCCGGCACAAUGGCCGUGAUGCAAGACUUGCCCUACUCAUUGUCUGAAGCAGGACCAACCGACAUCGAUGGCGUUGGGAAUUACUUCGUGGAGAUCUUGGGUCGAGGUUCCACAGCGCAUUCCGCCCUCACAUUGUACCUUCUCGACACGCAUUCGUAUUCGCCAGACGAGCGACAGUUCAGGGGCUACGACUGGUUGAAACCAAAUCAAAUCGACUGGUUCAAAAAGGCUUCUCAGGGUUUGAAGAAUAAGCACAAGGAGUAUACACAUAUUCAUAUGGAUCUAGCUUUUAUCCACAUUCCGCUGCCCGAAUAUCGCAACCCGAGUGGACUUAGAGUUGUCGGAAAUUGGUCAGAACCACCGACGGCACCUGGUUUCAAUUCGGGCUUCAAGGACGCUCUAGUUGAGGAAGGUGUCGUCCUUGUAAGCUGUGGACAUGACCACGUCAACGACUACUGCGUUCCAGGCACCAACGACAAAGGCAAGCCUGCGUUAUGGAUGUGCUAUGGCGGCGCGGUGGGGUUUGGAGGAUACGGCGGGUAUUAUGGCUAUCAUCGCCGGAUACGAUUCUUCGAUAUCGACAUGAACGAAGCAAGGAUCCACACUUAUAAGCGGCUGGAAUGGGGCGUCACAGAGUCGAGGGUUGACGACCAAAUGAUCAUCGACCAGGGCAAGGUUGUGGUCUAG